AUGGCAAAUAAAAUACUAGACCCAAUCUUUAGAUUAAACGAUCCGAUUCGUUAUUCGUUUAACAAGAAAAAAGAGGAUUAUAUUAUGAUCUCACCGACUGUUUGUUCUAAAUCCCAAUUGAAUGAUGGUGGUAGAAUUACCUUCGAAAUAAAUUCAUUAUCGAAUUGGUUGCUUCUUUCCGAUGCUUAUUUCAGAUGUGAUUUCAAAAUUAAAGAUGGAACUCCCAAUGAAAAUCGUGCACCACAAACAAAUACAACGUUAGAAAACAAUUUCUUUCCAUCUUUAUUUAGCGAGAUGGUUUUGGAAGCUGGUUCAAAUCCGAUAGAAACAAUUAAACACCCUGGGGAAUUCGACACAAUGUUGAAAACAUUUUUAUAUCCUAAAGAUUUCGAUUCCGUCUCAGGUUGGAUACCCGAUGUUGGCGAUGGAAGUGUUUUAAAAGAACCGGUUAGAAAUCUUGCAAAUGAUGCUGAUUUGGCUAGAGUGAGAGUUGUUGCUCAACACAAUAGAAAGAGUAGCACGAGCAGCUAA